GAGACCAGAGGAAGAGUACUCGACCGUGACAGAGGAUUGCCCGUUGGGAUAUCAGCCAUGAGAGGAGAUACUUAUUACCGUCUGCUGGUCACGGCCACUGUGGCUUCUCUGCUGCAGACAGGCAUCCACGCCAGGACCGAAGGAGAUAACAUAUCAGUCACUCUUCCAAACUGGAGGACAAAUUCAGAAUAUGUCACAAAGUGUGACUUUAACAGUGACAUCACUCCAUUUUGUGGCUGGACCUCAGAAGGUUUUCUAAGAAGCCAAAUGGAAACAGAAGAGCACGCUGUCGCUCCGGAGGGAGUCUUGGUGAGCUCGUCAGGUGAGGCCCGUCUGGAGAGCGGCGUUCUGGAUUUGUCAAGUGAGGCGUGUCUGGAGUUCUGGUACCAGGCUCCUGCGGAGGCUCAGGGUGUGGAUCUGCGAGCCCUUCUCAGAGACAGCGCCAGCCAGAGAGAGAUCUGGAACUCGCCUGCCCUGGGUGGAGAUGACUGGAGACAAGUGUUUGUCCCUUUAAUCACCACUGAUGACACCUUUGCACAGAUUGUGUUGGAGGCUGUGCACAGCCUGCCUGAGGGAGGCAAGGUGUCCGUUAACCGCGUAGGAGUCCGGAGAGGACAGUGUGGUACCCAGUGUGACCUGGACUCUCAGUUCUGGACAGACCAGAACACCCAGUGCGUGUGUUCAGCUGGCCAGCUCUCCUGCUCCUCCUCCUCCCAAAACUCCUCCUCCUGUGCUGAUGGUCAGACCUGCGGUCCUCAGAUAUCCAGCAGCCCCGGGACCUGCACUGCCCACAGCGACUCGUACUGCAGUACCUUUGACGGGGCCGUGUUUAGCUUCGUGGGCUCCUGCACCUACACCCUGACGAAGGUGUGCUCGCCCCUGGAGCCCCUGGCCCAGUUCAGUGUUGAGGUGCGGAGCAAACAGAAGGACAACUCGUCCCUGCCGUCCAUCGAGCAGGUCAACGUAGCGCUGGGGAGCCUGAGGGUGUCCCUGCUGAAGAGGCAGAAUCACCGAGUCAUGGUGAACGGUAUCUGGAGGAAGCUCCCUCUGAGCCUGAACGGAGGCUCGCUCAAGAUCCUCAGCAACCUCGCCAGCGUCGUCCUUGAAACCAACUUUGGCCUGUUUGUUUCCUACGACGAAACUGGCACCGCCCACGUCACCUUGCCCCCCUCAUACUCUGGCAAGGUCUGUGGCAUGUGUGGAAAUUUCAACCAGUGGAGGGACGAUGACCUCCGAACCCCGGAUGACGUGACGGCCCCCAGUGCCGAAGCCCUGGUCCAAAGCUGGCAGAGCUCCAGGGAGGGGGCCUCCUGUGAAACCCCUGUGGCCCCCCACCCAUGCUCCCCCAGCCAGGAGGCAGAGUACUCCAGUGAGCCCUACUGCGGAGCCCUGGUAUCGGUCAAAGGGCCAUUCGCUGGCUGCCUCUCCGUCCUGGGGGCCGAGAGCUACUUCCGGAGCUGCGUGGCAGGGAUGUGCAAUGCCCACGCAGAUCCGUCCUCAAUGUGCGACACCAUGCAGGCCUACGCUAACCUGUGCAUCAAGGCUGGAGUCCUGGUGCCCGCCUGGAGGAACUCGUCUAUCUGUCCCUUGGAGUGCGGCGCGAACAGCCACUACAACGCCUGCGCCGAGGGCUGCCCCGAGGCGUGUUCGGCCCUGGACGCGGCGGUGGCCGGACCAUGCGGCAGCUGCGAGGAGAGGUGCGAGUGCGACCCCGGCUUCAAGCUCAGCGUGGUGGGCUGCGUCCCCGCCGAGGACUGCGGAUGCUGGAUGGACGGAAACCAUUAUGAGAGAGGAGUCUCCUUCAUGGACGGCGAGUGCAAGCAUGAGUGCCGCUGCAUGGGCGACAACAACAUCCAGUGUCUGUCCAUGUCCUGCGGCGCGGGGGAGGUGUGCACGGACGUGGACAGAGUCCACGGCUGCCACGCCACGGCCCCCGUCACCUGCAGCGUCUACGGAGACCCCCACUACAUCACCUUCGACGACAAGAAGUACGUCUUCCAGGGGGGCUGCAACUACACCCUGGCCACCACCUGCGGUGGGCACACCCCCAUCCAGUUCACCGUGAGCGGACGCAACCAGAACCCACGCAGCCAGCCCUGGGCAAGUCUGGACUCUGUGGCCCUGAGGGUCCAGGAGCUCCACAUGCUCCUAGACCACAGCCUGGAUGUCUAUGUGAACGGUGGUUUGGCUGCUCUGCCCCUGGAAUACAAGGGGACAUCCAACCAGUACUCUGUGAGAGUGUCCCGGAAGGCGCAGUUUGUCGUCUUGGAGACAGACUUUGGUCUGAAGAUUCAGGUGGACGGCAAGGGCAGGCUCUUCCUGCAGGUGGACGAGCGCUACUACGCCGAGAUGUGCGGCCUGUGCGGCACCUACUCCAACGACCAGGAAGACGACUUUCUCAUGCCAGACGGCAACUCCACCACAGACAGCUUGGUGUUUGGCAACAGCUGGCGAGAUGUGGAUGAUAGUCACCCCUGUAUCGCCCGGCCCGAUGAGCCCCCCACCUGUCACCCCCUCCUGGAGAGCGAGGCCUCGGCGGAGUGUGAAAAGCUUGGGGGGCUCGCGUUCCAGCCCUGCCACGGCACCCUGCACGCCCAGAUCUACAUGGAAAGCUGCCAGUACGACCACUGCACCUCGGGUGGAGACCCCCGUGUGCUCUGCGCCUCUCUGGAGAGCUACGUGGUGGCCUGCCAGGUGGCCGGGGUGGAGCUGGGGGACUGGAGGAACGGCACAGCCUGCGACCCCAGUACACCCGACAUGACUAUGUGUCCCCUGAACUGUAACUUUGAUGACAACCUGUGUGGGUGGGACCAACUCAUCCAGGACAGCUUUGAUUGGACGAGAAAGAGUGGACCAACCCCCUCUGACCUCACUGGACCUACCCAGGAUCACACCUCUGGAUACGGCUCCUACAUGUACAUUGAGGGUGACGGCGUGCACCGUGGGGACUCCGCCCGCCUCCUCAGCUCCACCUGCCAGCUCACAGGACAGUCCUGCCUGCGCUUCUUCUACCACAUUUACGGGCAGGCGACAGCCAUGGCCCUCAACAUCUACCAGCUGCACCAGGGCAAGGCCACCAAGCUGUGGUCCCGCCGGGUCAACAACCAGGACCCUGAGUGGCUUCCUGCUGCCAUUGAUAUUGAUGUCGCAGGACCCUACCAGAUCAUCAUCGAGGGCAUCAGAGGCUCGGACCCUGGCACUGACGUGGCUCUGGAUGAUAUCUCCGUCCAGGCGGGCUCCUGCUCAGGUUAUUUCGGGAUAGGGGACGGUGAGACGUCAGUUACUUCCACUUCCAUUCCAGGGAGAGAGGUUGUCUCACUCCAAGCCUGUGACAUCGACUGCAGUUUCGACACCAACCUCUGCAGUUGGGAGCAGACGAUAACCGACGCUUUUGAUUGGACCUGGCAGAGUGGCUCCACCCCCACCCUGAUGACCGGCCCAUCGUUUGACCACACACGUGGAGAUACCACUGGUCACUACCUGUACAUCGAGGCUAGCAGGGUGUCCUACGGAGACACGUCCCGUCUAAUCAGCUCCGAGUGCUCUGAGCCAGGGCCCCAGUGUCUCCAGUUCUGGUACCACAUGCACGGCUCAGCCAAGACCAUGGGCCUGCACGUCUAUCUGCUCCAGGGACGCUUUGCCGAUGGGGUGUGGUGGAAGAGGAACGAACAGGGAGAUGCAUGGAGACUGGCCCAGGUGGACCUCAACACCACUGGUCCCUUCCAGAUCAUCUUCGAGGGACGUAGGGGAUCAAACGAUGAGUCUGACGUGGCCAUAGAUGACGUGUCUCUUCAUCGUGGAAACUGUGCCGAUCUGAUUAAACCAACAGCACCAGCAACCCCUGGCCCAAUCACAACUCAGAAGCCUGUGACUCCUCCUGUCUAUAACUCCACUCUACAACCACCAAUCCCAACCAGUGAGGGACCACUGCCCCCGACUACAGCAAGUCCAGUCAACUCAACCACACAGAAACCUCUUCCUCCAACCACAGAAAGACCACAACCUCCAACCACAGCAGGUCCUGUGAACCCGACCACACAGAAACCUCUUCCUCCAAACACAGAAAGACCACAACCCCCAACCACAGCAGGUCCUGUGAACCCGACCACACAGAAACCUCUUCCUCCAAACACAGAAAGACCACAACCUCCAACCACAGCAAGUCCUGUGAACCCGACCACACAGAAACCUCUUCCUCCAACCACAGAAAGACCACAACCUCCAACCACAGCAGGUCCUGUGAACCCGACCACACAGAAACCUCUUCCUCCAACCACAGAAAGACCACAACCUCCAACCACAGCAGGUCCUGUGAACCCGACCACACAGAAACCUGUACCUCCAACCACAGAAAGACCACAACCUCCAACCACAGCAAGUCCUGUGAACCCGACCACACAGAAACCUCUUCCUCCAACCACAGAAAGACCACAACCUCCAACCACAGCAGGUCCUGUGAACCCGACCACACAGAAACCUCUUCCUCCAACCACAGAAAGACCACAACCUCCAACCACAGCAGGUCCUGUGAACCCGACCACACAGAAACCUGUACCUCCAACCACAGAAAGACCACAACCUCCAACCACAGCAGGUCCUGUGAACCCGACCACACAGAAACCUCUACCUCCAACCACAGAAAGACCACAACCUCCAACCACAGCAAGUCCUGUGAACCCGACCACACAGAAACCUCUUCCUCCAACCACAGAAAGACCACAACCUCCAACCACAGCAGGUCCUGUGAACCCGACCACACAGAAACCUGUACCUCCAACCACAGAAAGACCACAACCUCCAACCACAGAAAGACCCCAGCCUCCAACUACAGAAAGACCCCAGCCUCCAACAACCAUGAGGCCAACGCCCUCUUGCCCUAAGAACAGCCACUACACCACAUGUAUCUCAGCCUGCCAGCCCACCUGUAAGUACCUGCAUGGCCCCCCUGCCUGCCAAGCUGACGAGCCCUGUGUGGAGGGCUGUGUGUGUGACGACGGCUUUGCACUCAAACAGAGAGUGUGCGUGCCCAUCCAGCAGUGCGGCUGCGUGGACCGUAGUGGUAAUGUCCAUCAAUUUGACGAAGUGUGGUACACAGAGCACUGCAGUGAGAAGUGUGAGUGUGAAGAAAAGCAUGGAGUGGGAGUGAUUGAUUGUGACGACAAAGACGAGUGUGAUGAUGACUCUGUUUGCCUUCAAAACGAGCAGGGCCAAUAUCACUGUAAAUCUACAGACUUCAGCGAGUGCAGCAUCAACGGAGACCCAGAGUACAGGACCUUUGACGACAUGAAGCACAAGUUUGAGGGACGCUACUCCUACAUCCUGGUCCAGACCACUGACCUGUCAAAGAACCUUCCAGAAAUUUACAUCGAGGGCAUCAAUGAACUGAUUGACGACCACGAUGGAGAACAAAACAGUAUCGGUGAGGACAGCAGUCACAGCGACAGCAGCAGUGAACAGGACAGCAGCGAUGAAGACAGUACAGAGGACAGUGAUGCCAUGCGUCUGAGAGGCCUGAAGAUCCGCCAUGAUCACAGCGACAGCAGCAGUGAACAGGACAGCAGCGAUGAAGACAGUACAGAGGACAGUGAUGCCAUGCGUCUGAGAGGCCUGAAGAUCCGCGUCUACAACCACACUGUGGAAUUUAAGAAAAACAGGAAACUGGUGCUGGAUGGAAGGACCACUCGUACCCCUGUCUCCCCAACCAGUGGUCUACAGAUUCGUGAGCGAUCCUCUCGUAUCUACCUGAAGACAGACUUUGGCCUCUCUGUAGAGUUUGAUGGGCACAAAAGAGCAGAGAUUGUCCUGCCACACGUGUACAAGAGGAGGGUCGGGGGCCUUUGUGGGAAUUUUGAUGGUAAACACAAAAACGACCUGAUGAAGCCGACCGGUGACCAGGCCAAGAAUGUACAGGAAUUUGGCGAGAGCUGGAGAGUGACAGACGACCUGCUGAUAAUCCGAAUGAGGCGAUCGUCUCCCCCUCGCGGCUCCUCCUUAGUUUGAGAUGAGACUGCCAGGUUUCUCCACGGCCAGGUGUGUUGCUCAUGGUUCUUGUACAACUCAGAGAUGCUUCUGGACACUUACAGCCACGUUGAUGAACUCCCCCCUCUCAAUCUUUCACUAGGACGCUGAAAACAAUACUGUUAUGGAGCUAAAUAGCAUUGCCCUGUCUACAUAGCUUAUGACGUUUUCCCAUGUGACCCCUGUAUACAGCAUCCCACACAUUUAUUAAAAAGAAGUGUCACACCCACAAAAGUCCUAUUGAUUCCAAAAAUAUGUAUAUAUUAUUAC